AUUUAAACUCUAAUUAAGUAUGUCUGCACAAAAAAGUAGUUAGGAAAAUUAUAAAAGCAAGAAGAUUUCAAUUACAAAAGAAUAGAAUGAGAGUGGUUUUUUGAUUGUUAGUCCUGUGAAGGAACUAUCACCAAUAAAGGAUAAAAUAAAAGAAGAGUAAAAAUGUAUAGAAAUAAUUGAAUUUGGAUGGUAAAGACACAAGUUAGGAGGUGAAAUACGAUAUUUAGAGUAAUUUUAUAAUGAAAAUCCAAAUUUAUAAAAAAGUGAUGUUUAGCGCCUAGAUUUGGAUAGUUGUCUUGAUGAUUAAGGUAAGUCUGUAUAUCGUAAGACAACUUAAGGAUUGAUGUAAAAUAUGGCAUUAAAAAUUUAAUCUCGUAUAUAGUUGGCAGGAGAAUAAAUUUAUACAUCUCAUCCAUUGUAAUAAGCUGGUUUAGGGGAUUAUCAUUGUUUUAAAGGUGAUUAUGGUAAAGAUUGGAAGGGCCAUUAAGUGAUAAAGAGUAAAACGUUGAGUGGAACAAAAAGAGGUUAGACAUCUAGCAAAAAAAUAAUAUAAUAAUGAUUAUAAUUAAAACACCAUAUGUAUUCUUUUUAUUCAUACUCACAGUCGUAGGAGUGUAGAUCUCUGCUGUAUCUGAAGCUAAAAUCUAUAAUUGUGCUAAUAUUGAGCUAGUAGGAUUGAUUGGUGGUGAUCCAUUAACAAUAGAUACAAGCAAAGAACGAUAUGUUAGUUUUGAUGGAGAUGUUCGAUUUUCUGUAAAGACACAUAAAUAAACAAUGGAUAGUUUAAAAGAGGGAAAGGAUUAUUUUGGAACAAAUUCAAUUCAUUAUAGUUCAAUUUAAAAUGGAAUUUAUAUAUUUGUUGUGGAGAAAUCUUAAGAAAAUAUUAUAUAGACAUAUAUUAAAACAAGUUUAAAAAGAUAAUACAAAUAAGCUCAAAUACCAAAAACAUUUUAUUUAAAAACCUAAAUAGAAGGAGAUAAAAAAUAUGCAAUACAUUAGAUUGUAUUAAGUGAUAAAUAAGAAAUGAAAAGAGAAUUGUUUAAAGAAGAAAAAGAAACUAUGCAAUCAGUAAAAUGUUAAUAAUAUAAGAGUUUACUGGUUUAUAAUUUUCAAAGAAAUGUGUGAUCAUAGUAUUUGCAACAUUGGAGACAGGAACUAGUAGUGAUUUCACAGCUGAUGAAUCCUUUUUAUAAGGAAUAUAAGGAAUUAUCGAUGAGAUUAAUAAAGGAAGUAAUUAGGUUGUUAUCAAUAAGAAAAGUGUGAAUAAUUCUUUUGUAAGCCACCUUCAAUCUCUAGUUUAGCUGAAGCUUUGUCUGAUAUUCCAGUUUUGAAAAUAUCAUGUUAAAAGAAAAUGUGUACAUAUUCUUAAGGAGGAUAAACAUAGGUUCUUUUUACUAAAUGUACUUAAAUCCUAUAAACUUAGAUCCAUUUUUAUAAACAGAUAAAAAUUUUAGAUCACUUGAAAAAUCUGUAAAUGGUAUGUUAUUGACAACUAUUUCACCUAAAAAUUAAAAGUUUGUUUCUAUAACAGCUUAAUUAGCAUUAAAAUGUAACAUAAAAGAUUUUGAUUUUCAUUCUGGAGGAUAUAGUGGAGCAUUUCAAUCAAUAAAAAUAGGUGAUUAAAAGUUAUAUAGUGCUUUAAUAAUAGAGCCAGGAUACAAUGGAAUUAAAAGAUAAUUAAGAACAUAAACACCUGAAUGUAAUAAUUUAUUUAUUUUUAUUAGUAUAUGAUAUAUUGGAAGGAAUUGAAAAGGUUAAAUCUAUUUAUUACUUUAUGAUAAUUACUAGUAAAGGACCUGAAGAAUUAUUUAAUGAUAUGAUAUCAGUUAUAGAUUAAACUAAAAGUUAAGAUUAAGCGAAGUAUGCAUGUACACCAUUACCAAAAGAUGAUGAUAUAUCUUUUAUGCAGUUGAAAACUAAGUUAAAUAGUUUAUAAAGGUUAAAUUAAGAUGGCAAUACUGAGGAGUAUGAAUAUGUUUAUGAAUAUGGAUAUGAUGAAGUUGAUGAUGAUGAUGAACUUGGUGAGUAUGAAUAUAUUUAUGAAUAUGAAUAUUAAGAAUUACCAGAAGAAUUAAAUUAAUAAGAAUUUUAUGAAGAAAUAGAUGAUUAAUAAUCUGAUUAAAUAGAAUUUGAUUAAUCAACAGAUGAUUUAGAAUGGGAUUUAGAAGAUAAUGAAAAUUAAAAUAUUCGAAAAACUGAUUUAUUAGUAGAAGUUUAAUAAAAUGAGAUGUGUUUCUAAGCAUUUUCAGAAUGUGACUUUUAAGGUGCUUCACUUAAAAUUUGUGGACCUACUCCAAGUAUCCCGAGAGAAUUAUAAAACUUUAUAAUUUAAUCUAUAAAAAUACCUGAAUAAAUGAGAAUCACAUUUUAUACUCAUUAACAGUAGAAAAUCACAAUAGAAGGAGAUUAAGAAUGUUUGUAGAGACCAUUUGAAAUUGAUUAGAUGAGGCCUUAAUGAUAAUAGUUGAGUCAUUAAUGAUAAUGCAAUAUUGGAU